AUGAAGCCAUCGCAGCCAGCAACUUUUAGGGAGUCCUGCUGCCGCAACACAAUUACCACCACUACGAAAGGCAGUACCAUGGCCAGCACCGCCAGGGUAGUAGCUAAAAACGGCGGCAGUCUUAGCGGUUGCAGCCGAGUUGCAAAUAUCGGCUCCAGGCCCAGCCGGAUGCUCCCAUUUGCAUUGAUGGGGCUCUUGAUCGCCACCAUUUGGCUGCCAUCGAACCUAGUUAACGCUAACGAUUCAUUGGAUGCUUCAUACUAUGACCAAAACUCUACCGGAUCAUCUUUACUGUCGAUAAAUGGCACCAACACAUCACUACCAACGCACAAGGAUCCCCUGUUUCCUGAAGACUUAUUUACGCUUGAACAACGUCGUAAUGGUGCUGUCGUAUUACACAUUCUUGGCGUAAUAUACAUGUUUGUCGCACUGGCGAUCGUAUGCGACGAAUUCUUUGUGCCUUCUUUGGACGUGAUCAUUGAGAAACUGGGCAUCACGGAUGACGUAGCCGGGGCGACCUUCAUGGCCGCCGGUGGCAGUGCCCCGGAACUGUUCACCAGCGUGAUCGGUGUGUUCGUUUCGUUCGACGACGUCGGUAUCGGUACAAUUGUCGGUUCAGCCGUGUUCAACAUCCUGUUUGUAAUCGGCAUGUGUGCGUUGUUCUCUCGAACCAUUCUAACACUUACCUGGUGGCCGCUGUUCCGAGAUUGCACGUUCUACAGUGUUAGUUUACUUACGUUGAUCUAUUUUUUUCGUGAUAACGAAAUCUACUGGUGGGAGGCGCUAGUGCUGUUCAUAAUCUAUAUCGCGUACGCUGUGUUUAUGAAAUUUAAUCAACAAGUGGAGAGAUGUGUGAAGAAGAUUAUCUAUAAAAAUAAGGUGACCAGAGUUCGAAGCACUGAUCAACUUAUGCCUGCAGGAAACGCAGCGAAUUCGUCAGAAACGUCGAUGGCGACGCAACCGGGCGGCUCGGUGACGUCGAGGGCGGCCUCCGAAAGCCGAUCGGGGCCGCCCGGAUCCAGCAGUGGUAGUGUACCGAUCCAUCAGAAUCCAACCGCAACCGGGGCCAAAUUUCGACACGGUCUACUGCAGCUGAUGAUCCAUACGAUAGACCCAUUGCAUGAUGAUCCCGUUCCAGGUAAAGUCGAUGAAAAGGCGACACAGCUACAUGCGAUAGCGUCGUUAAAAGUGCUACUGGAUGCCACCAAGCCGCAACGGGGAGCUGCCACGUCGUCCGCGGCGAAUCAUGUUAAGAUUAAUUUAAGAGAAACCACCUUAGCUAGUGAUCGUCCAAAUGGAAAUAUAGAUACGACAAUUGAUUCGGGUAACGAAUUAGAAGAAGAACCACCAGAGGCAUUAAGCAUGUCUUGGCCAAAGACAACUAGGAAACGAAUAACCUACCUAUUAGUUGCUCCAAUUAUCUUUCCACUGUACUUAACACUUCCCGACACUAGAACACCAAGGGGUAAGAGGUUUUUCCCUGUGACGUUUAUAGGUUCGAUUCUGUGGAUAGCCGCAUACUCGUAUCUUAUGGUGUGGUGGGCUAAUGUUGCUGGUGAUACGGCGAAAAUACCACCGGAGGUGAUGGGACUGACGUUUUUAGCAGCUGGUACCUCAAUUCCCGAUCUGAUCACGUCUGUGAUUGUAGCCCGAAAGGGCUUUGGCGACAUGGCGGUGUCGAGUUCGGUCGGAAGCAACAUUUUCGACGUGACGGUUGGUCUUCCGAUUCCGUGGUUGCUCUACGGCAUUAUCUACGGCCAGCCAGUGGAGGUCAACUCGGUCGGCAUGGUGUGUUCGAUCACAAUCUUGUUCUUGAUGUUGGUGUUUGUCAUCUUGUCGAUAGCCUGCUUCCACUGGCGCAUGAACAAAGGCCUAGGGCUGACCAUGUUUUUGUUAUACUUCGUAUUCGUUGCCGUUUCACUCAUGUUUGAAUACGAUGUGUUGGUGUGUCCGUUUUAA